AUCGCAGCGGCCAAACAAGCACCGCACCAGGCACUCUGGCGACCACGCAUUCGAGUCUUCCAGGCUUCGAGCAGCAUCUGCAAGUAAAAUGAUGGCUUUGGACAGUGAGAUUCCAGCGGCCGGCUCGGCAGGCCCCAGUGCCGCGUCCACCGAGGCCCUCGGCGACGAGAUUGUCCAGACCCUCCAGAGAGACAUCAACAUCCUCGCGGAAUCGUCGUCGGACCGCGCGGCCAAGCGACGCUCGCUCGAAAAGAUCCGACAAGAGACCGUGAAGCGGCCCAAGAAGAUCGAUCCCGAGGUUCUCUCGCUCGUCUUCAAGUCCGUUGUCAAGACCCUCCUCAAAUGCCUCGGAGACCCGAUCGAGCGCGUCCGAGAGCUCGCUGUCGAGACUCUGUCCAACUUUGUCGAGCAAGUGCCGACACCGCUGCCGUUCCUCGAGUACAUUCUGCCGACGCUCGUCACUCGCCUUGGGCAGCCCGAAAUCGUCGAGACUGCCGAGGAGGUGCGGUUGAUGGAGACCAAGCUCCUGCGCCAGCUGCUGGAAGCGACCAAGCUCGAGUACUCGCCCUUUGUCGACAGCACCGUCGAAAUCCUGGCCCGAGUUUUGGCCGAUCCGUUUCCUGAUGUCAAGAAGGAGGCAUGCAAGGUCGUCACGCUCCUCUCAGAGCACUGUCGGCGUAUCUUGGCGUAUCACGGCGGCGCUAUCGCCAAGGCAAUCGUCCCGUGUCUUCAUCACCGCCAUUCCGCUGUGCGCAUCAGCGGACUUGUCGCCCUGGAGGCCGCCAUCCUGGUCGAUUUCAGCGGAUUUGAUGACCUGGCGGAUUUGCUCCAAUCCCUCACCCUGGACAAGACCUCGGCAGUUCGCGAACAACUUUAUGUGACCAGCGCAGCCUGGUUGACCAAGACUCCUGAUCGCUACUCGAUCGGCUACAAGAUUCUCCCUCUGCUGCUGGCUGGCCUGUGCGACGAGGUGCCCAAGCUCGUGGAGCUCUCCCGGUCGCUUUUUGACCAGGUGGGCGCCCUGUACGAAGCCGAGUGGGAGGAUCGGUUGAAGGACGAGCUGGACUACACACCAGCCAAUAGCGGACGCCCGCGCGUUGGGUGCCGGCAUCUUGCCCGCGACAACACACAAAAGAUUGUUGCAAAGCUGGUCGCAGGCAUCCAGGAUUGGACUGCGGAGCGGCGUCACAAGUCGGCCUUGGUGCUGGCGACAUUUGUGACUUUUACCGAGAGCAACAUCACCGGCUACAUUGCACAGAUUGUGCCGGGGAUGGUCAAAGUGCUCUCUGGAGACGAUGCGCACGUCAUGGAUGCCUUCGUCCAGCUUGCAACCGUGAUCGGCCGCUUUGUGGACCCCGCGGUCUAUCUCCAGGUUAUCUUGCCCCAAGUCAAAACCGGCGGCCACGGCACCAGCCAGUUCUGCAUCGGCUGCCUGCGAGUUCUGUGGGCACUGCUUUCCGGUUCAUCGGGGGAACACGUUUGGCCACACGCAAAGACCAUUACGGGACUGCUUGGCGAGUCCGAGUUGAUUAACAGCGAAAACAUGCCAACGCUGCUGGAGGUUUCGAUCGCUCUGAAGACAGCUACCAAACAGGUCGGCCAGUAUUUAACCAACGGACUCGCCGGCGACACUGAAACCGGCGCGGAUAUCGCAUACGGGCUGUUUCUGCCGGCCGUCACGCUGUGUGGGUCCGAUGGCAAUGAGCGCACUCCCGGAUACGUAGACAUGAGGAAGAACGUCGAUGAAACGAUCGGGCUCCUCGUGUUGGCCCAUGGCUACUCGGAUCGCCGGCAGCUCUAUGCUCGGUACAGCGAGCGCAUUCUCAGCCAAGCCAUUGUGGGCUCCCGUCCCGAAACAUGGACAAAACAUGCUCCAGAGGGCAAGCUUCUGAGGACUGUGGCGAUCGAGCUCGGCGAGAACCUUGGGAACCAGCUCGGACUGGUAAUGCCGGCGUUUCUGGCGGCGGCAGCUUGUGAAGAUGUCGAUGUCCGGAUCGCCCUCAUGUUGUUGCUGAGCGUGCUCCUGCAGAACCCGAUAGCCACCCUCAACUCGCAAGGACAGCUUGUGUCGUAUUCCGAGCAACUGCUGAAGUACAUACUGCUCAAGAACGGCAUAUGGAAACCUGGACGGAAGCACGCAGCGCUGAGGGCGGCCGUGGUUCAUGCGCUGAUGCUCGCACUGUCCUCGCAUAGCGGCGACACCUCGGUCGUCGGCGUGGUCUCUGUCGGCGUACUCAACCAGUACAUCGGAACCGAUGUGAUACCUGUGCUCAUCAGUUGUCUGGACGAGGAUGAGAUUGCAGUUCGCAAGGAUACUCUAAGCUGCAUCCACACUCUCCUCAAUUGCUCUGGCAUCCGGUUCACUGGUGACUUGUUCCGGAAGCUGUAUCCGGAAAUCGUCAAGCGAUUGGACGAUGCCAACGAUGAGAUUCGCAUCGCAACUUGUGCGGUGCUGCAAACGCUGUUUGACGCCGUUGAGGCAUGGGAGGCGAGACGAGCGGUGGAGCGACCAAGCGAGCCGCAGGACCACUACAUCGAUGACGUCAAGUUCGACAGCGUUCAUUGGAUGUCGAUUGUGAAGAUCCUGACGAUCCACAUGGACGACUCCAACCCUGGCCUCCAGGCUGCGACACAUGCUGCUCUCCAACGAGCGAUGCAGAUUGGCCCUCGCAACGACAUUUGCGAGCACCUGGCUUUAGUCAAACAGCGUCAUCGCAGCGCGAAAUGGAUCGACUCGCUCCUGACGCCUGCACAGUGAUGGCCCUCAGUGGCUCCGAGAAGAUUGCUGCCUCGACAACGACCACCACCGAUCGUCGGCGAUUGAAGGCCGGCCCGAGCUCUUGCUGGUCUGCGGGCAAUAGUAGCAUAGCGGUGCAUCCUCAAAUAGAGCGUGUUCAGAAUGAACGGGACAGUACUCAUCUGACUGCGUCCGCAC